AUGGACAAGGCAGAAACAGAUAGCAGCACUAGGAGCAAUAAGAAGCAGAAAACGUCGUCGUAUUCGAGAAGAGGGUGCAUGAAAGGCAAAGGAGGGGAGGAGAAUGGGCUAUGUAACUACAGAGGCGUGAGGCAAAGAAAGUGGGGGAAAUGGGUAGCUGAAAUAAGGCACCCUGGCUCCAGAGUCUGGCUCGGAACCUUCAAUACUUCUGUGGAAGCUGCGCUUGCUUAUGAUGAUGCUGCCUUGAAAAUGUACGGUCCCUCAGCUACUCUCAAUUUGCCUGUCACUACUAGUAGUACCAAUACUACUGGUGCAGCAGCUGGGCCUGAUAUUAUUGAGCCAAGUUGUGGAAAUGAUUUAUCAGGUGAAAUAUCUGUUUUGCUGGAGGACUUUCAGGAUUUAGCACCUCCCACUUUGCUUAAUUGGUGGAAGGAUUAG